UAACCCUGAAAACUUGUCAGCCCUGUCGAACACUUCUCAUUUUCACUUGCCAAAAAUAAUUUCAACGUGUAGCACACAAAUUUGUUAAACUCUGGGAUUUUCUGGGAUUCUUUAAAAUGGCUUCGAUAGGCACAAAGAUCACCACAUUUAUCAAUGCUGCCAAGGCUCAAGCACGUCCGCUCUUUGAUGAGUUCAUGUACUACGCCAAGGUGGAGCUAACACCACCGACUCCAGCUGAUUUCAAGCAUUUUCGAGAGCAGGCUGCCAAAUCAGCGAAGAGCAUGAAGAAGGACUUGAAGUCGUCGGGCAAUCGACUGCGCUCGACAACUGUCUCCGAGGCUUGGCUCAAUACGCUGGUCACCAUUGAGGUGAUCACCUGGUUCUUCAUGGGCGAGGUAAUUGGUCGUCGACACCUCGUCGGCUAUAAAGUCUAAACAUAGCAACAGAGAACGAAAGCAGUCUCAAAUUUGUACAUUCAUAACAUGCAUAAAUAAAGCUGCAGCAAUUCACGGAUCAUAAGUUCAAA